UCAAUUUAGCCAUCAAAGUUCCCUAAAUUUCUCAUUCAAUUUCUUGUUUCCAGUCUUCAAAGGAAAAAUGGCAAUGCUCAGCGCUAAGAAACUCAUCAAGAUGGCCAGGAAAUGGCGGAAGUUUGCAGCCAUACAGAGGAAAAGGAUUUCAUUUCCAAGAAAUGGUAGUGAUGCAGACAGUUGCAGUACAUCUUCAUCCUCUAUAGUUGAAAAAGGAUAUUUUGUAGUAUAUACAGCUGAUCAAGUUCGCUUUGUCAUUCCAUUGGUUUACCUUGAAAAUGAGAUCAUUAGACAACUUUUCAACAUGUCCGAAGAAGAAUUUGGGCUACCGAGUGGUGGUCCUAUUACAUUACCCUGUGAUUCAUCCUUCAUGCACUAUAUCAUUUUGCUUAUCAAGAAAGGCAUAACUGCUGGAGAUCUUCACAAAGCAUUGCUCCUAUCAAUUCCUUCUUCUUGCUGUUCGACUUCUUCUUUGCACCAAGAAAGUGGAAACCAACGGCUUCUUGUUUGUUGAGUCAUAAUACAUGCUAGCUGAAUAUAGUUUUUUAGAUCGGCCAUACACGGAUAAACAUUAUUGUAAAGUGAAUCAUACAG